AUGCGCGCAUACCUCGCGCGCCUCGGGUACUCGAUCUCCGACCUCGACAGCCUCAACGUCAUCCACGUCGCCGGCACCAAGGGCAAGGGCAGCACCUGCGCCUUCACCGACUCCAUCCUCGCGCGCCACCGCGCCGGGUCCCCCGCGUCGCUCCCGCGCAAGGUCGGCCUGCUGACGUCGCCGCACCUGAUCGCCGUGCGCGAGCGCAUCCGCAUCAACGGCCGGCCGCUCUCCGAGGAGCUCUUCGCCCGCUACUUCUUCGAGGUCUGGGACCGCCUGGGCGAGAGCCGGGCCGACGAGGACGCCGUGGCGCCCGGCACGCGGCCCAUCUACUCGCGCUACCUGACCCUCGUGAGCUUCCACGCCUUCCUGCGCGAGGGGUGCGACGUGGCCAUCCUCGAGACGGGCAUCGGCGGCGAGUACGACGCGACGAACCUCGUCGGCCGGCCCGUCGCCACCGGCAUCACGACGCUCGGCAUCGACCACGUCUUCGCCCUCGGGGACACGGUCGCCAAGAUCGCCUGGCACAAGGCCGGCAUCAUGAAGCCCGGCAGCCGCGCCUUCACCGUCGAGCAGGUGCCCGAGGCCGCCGCCGUGCUCGAGGCGCGGGCGCGGGAGAAGGGCGUGGCGCUGGAGACGGUGGGGGUCGACCCGCGGCUCGCCGGCGUGCGGGUCCGGCCGGACGCCGCCUUCCAGAAGAGGAACGCGAGCCUGGCGAUCCGGCUGGCCGAGGCGGCGCUCGAGAGGGUGGACCCGGAGGGGUUCCGGCGCGGCGGCGGCGACGACGACGCGGGGCUGACGCGGGCUUUCGUCGAGGGCCUCGAGACGGUCGUCUGGCGCGGGCGGUGCGAGGUCAAGGACGAGGGGCGGGUGGCGUGGCACGUCGACGGGGCGCACACGACGGACAGCCUGCGGAUGGCGGCGCGUUGGUUCGCGGACGAGACGGCGGCUCGGGGGCGGAAGGGCCCGAGGGCGCUGGUGUUCAACCAGCAGGGCCGGACCGAGGCCAUCGACUUCCUGGACGGCGUGUACGAGGCCGUCAGGCGGGAGGACGGCAGCGCCUUCGAGACGGUCGUGUUCUGCACCAACGUGACGUAUGCCCGGACGGGGUACAAGCGGGAUUUCGUCAACCACCAGUACGACGCCCAGGCCGUCGAGGCCAUGACGGUGCAGCGGCAGUUCGCGGAGCGGUGGUCGAGGCUGGACCCGCGGGCCGACGUGCGCGUCCUCCCGACGAUCGAGGAGGCGCUCGACCACGUCCGCGGGGCGGCGGCCGAGGGGGUCCUGGCCGAGGGCGAGAGCGUGCAGGCCUUUGUCACGGGGAGCCUGCACCUCGUGGGCGGCGCGCUGGGGAUCCUGGAAGGGGCCGAUGCUCUCUAG